UGAAUGAUGGACGUAUUGGUGUAGUGUCAGAGUGUCUCACUACAUAUAAGGUUUUUCCGCCUAGAAUAUAUAAGGUCACAGGCACUGCUUGUGCAUUCCUUUUAAAUCUUGGAAAACACGACAAAAAGGUAAUUAGCCAUGAAGGUUUUAUUACUACUUGUAGUCCUAAUUGAUGCAGCUACCUCACACUACUAUUAUUACCAUGGUGACGACCUGGGUAUACCAAGGCAACAUUACAGACCUUUUAUCUUUGCCCGACCUUAUCACACAGCGGGAGUGGCACCAUAUUUUGAGAAUUCAUAUGAUUCAGGACAUCCAGGAUAUAGAGGUAGCCGAUUAGGGAGUCACCGUAGGCUUGAUGCUGGAUACCUUGACUACUCCAGACGCAACCCAUAUGAAACAAGCGGAUAUCGUGGUAUUGGAGCAGACAGUUAUCUUGAUAUUGCGUACAAUAGAUACCGUAACUUUGAUAGUAACAUUUACCCUGAUUAUGAAAGUGAUAUAUACCGUGAUUUUGAAACUGACAGACACUAUAAUUUCGGGGAUUAUUCUGAUCGUUACGGACAAGAUAGAGCACCCCGUAAUUAUAGGCGUUCUGGUUUUCGAAAUAGUAGAUACUUGGGUAAUGGUGACGGUACAUACAUUGGUUUAGGAAAUAGAAGAAACAUAGACUAUUACAACGAGGCUAGCAGUGAUUUAAGAAAUAUAAGAGACCGUGGUUAUAGAAACGAUGCAUAUAAUGACAUAAGAGAGAGCGGGUACCCUAAUGCAGGUGACGGUGCAUACAGUCCUACAGAUUUACGCGAUAGAGGCAGCCCUACUGAAAUCUGGAAAAACAACAUUAAUCGCAGGCAAGAUAUCGCAGAAAAUGUUCGUAAUGCUAGAAAAAACUUUGCAGAGAACGUCAGUGGUAGGAGACAAGACGCGACAGAAUCCCUCCGCAGUGCGAGAAAAGACAUCCGAGAAAUAAACAGGGGUAUAAUGAAAAGUAGGAUAGAAAACGGAUUAACUCCUGUAUGAGAACAAUGCAAGUAUUAGCAGGAACACUGACAAGAAAGAUCAAUCACACGGCAACUUCAAAACUCUUGUUACCUCGAAACGAUGACGCUUAUUAGAGUUAUCUGGACGAUUGAAGUAAUCUUGCUGACUGAUAGUAUUACUCCAGAAUUUAUAUGUUAAAUAUAAUUGCAAUAAAAGAUAGUAGCCAAGA